ACUAUCUCUAUUUCUAUUAUCGUGUGUUUCAUUUGGAUACGCUAUCUAACUAACAGCACUGGCAAAAUGAUUCAUGAGCUGCUGCUCGCUCUGAGUGGAUAUCCUGGGACAAUAUUCACCUGGAAUAAAAGGAAUGGAUUGCAGGUGUCCCAGGACCUUCCGUUCCUCCACCCCAGUGAGACCAGUGUCCUCAACCGGCUCUGUAAAAUGGGCACUGACUAUGUGCGCUUCACAGAGUUCAUAGAGCAGCACACGGGUCAUGUCCACCAACAGGAGCAUUACUCCAGCCAGCCGAGUCAGUCUGGGCUUCAUGGCAUUUACCUGCGGGCGUUCUGCACCGGGCUCAACUCCAUGCUGCAGCCCUAUCGGCAGGCUUUACUGGACCUUGAGAAAGAGUUUCUUGGUGAUCCACACCUCUCCAUUUCUCACGUAAACUACAUGCUGGAACAGUUUCAGCUUCUCUUCCCCUCUGUGAUGGUUGUUGUGGAGACUAUCAAGUCUCAGAAGAUUCAUGGCUGCCAGAUCCUAGAGACUGUAUACAAGCACAGCUGUGGAGGACUGCCUCCUGUCAGGAUGGCCUUAGAGAAGAUUCUUGCAGUGUGCCAUGGCGUGAUGUAUAAGCAGCUGGCUGCGUGGAUGCUGCACGGGUUGCUGCUGGAUCAGAGCGAGGAGUUCUUUGUCAAGCAGGGCCCCAGCGCAGGCGGAGCCACAGCUGCGCAGGAGGAAGAGGAGGAGGACCUGGGGAUCGGAGGGCUGAGUGGAAAACAGCUCCGUGAGCUGCAGGAUUUGAGACUGAUUGAGGAAGAGAACAUGCUCGCACCAUCUCUGCAGCAGUUCUCCUUGCGGGUGGAGAUGCUUCCCUCAUACAUCCCUGUUCGAGUAGCUGAAAAAAUCUUAUUUGUUGGGGAGUCGGUGCAAAUGUUUGAAAAUCACAACCAGAGCCCAUCCCGAGCUGGCUCUAUACUGAAGCACCAGGAGGACAUGUUUGCAGCGGAGCUCCACAGACUCAAACAGCAGCCUCUCUUCAGUCUGGUGGACUUUGAGAAUCUGGUGGAUGGCAUUCGGAGCACAGUCGCUGAGCACUUAUGGAGUUUGAUGGUUGAAGAAUCAGAUCUUUUGGGGCAGCUGAAGAUCAUAAAGGACUUUUACUUGUUGGGGCGAGGUGAACUGUACCAGGUCUUCAUUGACCUUGCUCAACAUAUGCUGAAGACCCCACCAUCUGCCGUUACAGAACAUGAUGUCAAUGUGGCAUUUCAGCAAGCAGCUCAUAAAGUGCUGCUAGACGAUGACAAUCUUCUGCCCCUCCUGCAUCUCACCAUAGACUACCAAGGGAAAGAAAGCAAAGAGGCUUCUGGGAACCGAGAGGGCACCACUCCUCCACAGGAGACUUCUCCUCGUGAGGCUCCGCCUACUGGCUGGGCAGCUCUGGGAUUGGCUUACAAGGUUCAAUGGCCCCUGCAUAUUCUUUUCACUCCUGCUGUGUUGGAGAAGUAUAACGUCGUGUUCCGUUACCUGCUGAGUGUGCGUCGAGUCCAGUCUGAGCUGCAGCACUGCUGGGCCUUACAGAUGCAGCGCAAGCAUCUCAAAUCAAACCAGACGGAUGCUGUUAAAUGGAGACUCCGCAACCACAUGGCCUUCCUAGUGGACAACCUUCAGUAUUACCUUCAGGUGGACGUCCUGGAGUCCCAGUUUUCACAGCUCUUACACCAGAUCAACGCCACACGGGACUUUGAGAGCAUCCGAUUGGCCCAUGACCAUUUCCUCAGCAAUCUCCUUGCACAGUCUUUCAUUCUGCUCAAGCCUGUGUUUCACUGUCUGAAUGAGAUUCUGGACCUCUGUCACAACUUCUGUUCCCUGGUCAGUCAGAACCUCGGGCCUCUGGAUGAAAGAGGAGCAGCGCAGCUGGAUAUUCUUGUGAAGGGUUUUAGUCGUCAGUCGUUCCUGCUCUUCAAGAUUCUUUCCAGUGUGCGUAACCACCAGAUAAACUCUGAUUUGGCACAACUGCUGUUACGACUCGACUACAACAAAUACUACACGCAGGCAGGAGGCACGCUGGGAAGUUUCGGGCUAUAAAGCGGCACCUGAAGAUUCGAGGCACAAUUCAUACAAUGCUUCAUCUCAGCUUAAUACAAACAUGCCUAAUACAAUAAGUGUGUUGAUUUGUAUAUUUAAAUUAUUGUAAGAUGUCACUGUCUUUGUCACAGUCUGUGUCCUGCUUUUUCUUCACUUUCAACUGUCUUAUGCCAUUCUUGAGAAGUAAAACUAUUCCUUGAGCGUGAAAACGUAAAAUUUGUAAAUACUCUAUAUGCUUUGUAAUCUCGGUUUUGAAAUAAAACAGACAAGUGAAACAAUAA